AUGAUGCCAGAGAAUUUCAGAGAACACGUCGACGUCGCGUCUUCCAUCAAAGGAAUUCUCGACAGUUACCCCGGCAAUUCUAUUUUACGAGAAUUGCUGCAAAACUCUGACGAUGCCGGUGCAUCAACACAGAUUUACGUACUUGAUACUCGCACUCACAGCAAGGACUCUGUGAUCGAUCCCGUCCUGAAGGAUACUCAAGGCCCCGCGUUGCUGGCAUGGAAUGACAGCGUUUUCAAAGAUAGCGACUGGGCAGCGCUCAGCACCAUUCGAGGAUCCAACAAGACGGCAGACGAAACGAAAACUGGCAAGUAUGGCCUGGGAUUUAGGGCGGUCACAGACAACCCGCAUGUCUUGUCCGGCAAUAAGUUGGUUAUUUUUGACCCUCACGAAGAAUUUUCCGGUUCUAUCAAAGGGGGUGUCCAGAUCAACAUACAACAAGACGGGUCGAAAUAUUGCGACCAACUGGCAGCCUUUGACUCUGCGGUUCCGAUGUUAGAUGCUUGCGUUGAUAGCACGAUUGUACGGCUCCCCCUGCGUACCGAUCUGCAAGCAGAUAAAAGCAGAAUCAAGUCGACAAGUAUGCACAUCGAAGACAUGAAACAGUUCUUCGAGCAGUUCAUUGUGAACGAACUGGGUGUUGCUUUACUGUUUUUGCAGCAUGUGACUUCUAUCCAGCUGCGGGAGGUCACGCCCGAAGGCCAGGACGUAUUUCUUGCGGAAGUCAAGAUCACCGAUCCUACCAUCUCUGCGCGACGCUCAUCGUCUCGCCGGGCCGCAAGCGCCAGUGCGUUCAUAUGCCCCAUCACUACUCGCGUUCACGACGUCGUCACCGCGUGCGUUUGGCGGAUCUGCCAUUCGUGCAGCAGCCCCAUUGAGACGUCGAAAAUCAUGAGCGCUCGUCUCUCGUACGAUGUUGGGGAGCAGCUCAAGGAAGACAAACUGUUUGCCCACGUAGCCUUCGCGAUUCCGCUCAAAGAGGAAAAGUUAGAUGGACGACUUUUCACCCUUCUGCCUUUACCUAUCGUCACCAACUUUCCCGCGCAUAUGCAUGCCAUAUUCGCUCUAACGCCCGAUCGGCAGUGUCUGCGCAACGAGAAGGAGAUGGGAAUUGGAGUGAAGGCUCGCGAGAGGUUCCUCGCCGUAUGGAACCGCAUCCUGUUCGAGGAGUUCGCGCCUACCACUUGGGCGAACAUGUUGAAUACGCUCAUAUACGAAGACGGAAUCGAGGAUGCCUGGUCGGCGUGGCCUCCUAGCCUGUCGGCAGAACAGGCGGGGGAUGUCUACUGGGGCAACAUGCUUGUGAAGAUGCUCAUUCAGGUCAUCCAUCGCGAUCUUCCUGUUUUUCCAACAAUGUCGGAACGCACAUAUGUCUCAUCAUCUUCUGUGGUAUUUGCUGAACCGGAUCAAGACGUGGCAUUGCUGUCCGCGUUGACACGCGCUGGAAUUUACAUUGUUCAGCCGCCUCUCCACAUCUAUCAGCUGUUAAAUGACACUGGAUUAGCCUUGCAGUGUGCUAUUCUGUCUCGCAAAGUCGUACACGCAAAGUUAUUGUGUCGCACCUCCGAAUUGGCGGCAUGCUCUGACAAAGACAAGAACAUCAUUUUGGAUUAUUUUCUUGUGCCAUCUCCGCCCGAUCUGGACUCUGUAGUCCAUCUUCCCAUCAUCCCGCUUGUUCGCGGGUCCUGGACGGCGCUUUCCAAGGCUACACUAGGCCGUCACAAACUCAUCAUGGUGACAGACGAAGAGGCUACUCUUUUCGGGGAGUGUGAGCCUGAAAUGAUCGCGUUGUCAUCAAUGUCACCAGAGGCCAGACAUGCGCUAUAUUGUUCUAGUGCUUUGCAAUAUCUCAACGUUGCGGAUCUUGGUGCGGAGACAGUGCACAAGUUUCUGUUCUCAAUGUUUGGCCGUCUGGACCCUGAAGCGGAAGCGGUACCAAUAAGCGAUUCUCCAGUUGCGUGGGAUUGGUACAUUCGCUUCUGGGCAUGGCUGAACGGCAGAAGAGACUUGAGUUCGUCCGGAAAGACGAAUCAAGGCUCGGCCUCACAGAAGGCCACACCUCGUGCAUACAAUGGCAAGACCAAGGGGAAGAAGCGUCUUGAGACUCCUCGGAAGGAUCUUAUUCCUACUAUCGGCCGCUUGCAUUUACUCCCUACAAGUGCAGGACUCCUUCGUACGGUACAAAGUGGAAUAUCGCUUCCUGGUGACGUUGGUAUCGAGACCAUGAGCAUCCUCACGUCGAUUGGGAUCUGCUUUCUCGACCCGUUGGUGGCUCAAUCUUCCGGUGUCUCCAUCUUGAGCGACGCAAACAUUGCGGUAUCUUCUCAUGACAUCUCAUUCAUGCUGAAUAACAUCGACGCUUCGCUUGUGCUUCGACUUGACCGGGGAUCGUCUAAGCUUCUUCAGGGAUUCCUUGUGGAAUGUUUGCAAAUCCACCCUACGAAACUGAAUAAAACUGAGCGAGCGAAAAUGAUGCUACUCCCUGUCUUUCCCAUCCGCGUCUGCCCCAGCUCACCUAGUGAGAUAAUGGCUAUAUCAACACUCGGUCCUGCGACAGGCGAUCUUAUUUUCUUGCAGCCCGACGUAGCUGAUGACUGUCCUCUGCCCAAGUUUCAACGGACGACCACGUUCAUUGAGCUUGCGCCGGAGACUCAUCUUCUUGCGUCGAGCCUCGAGGAAAAUGCAGCUGCUCGCGCGUGUAACGAGCUCAAAGUCCUGGAGCUGGCUAUACCCCAUCUAGGCACGCAGCCUCUCAAGCUACUGGACGGGCUGAUCUCAAGGAUUAUCCCUCGUCUGCUCGAUCUCUCACAGAGCGCCAUAGAUUGUUUAAAGCGCACCAAGUUCAUACCAGUCCGUGGAGGCAUAGGGCGAUUUACUCCGACCGACAUCAUCGAUCCACAGUCCGACAUUGCCACUCUUUUCUCGGAGCACGAUGCCAAGUUCCCUUCGGGGAUGUUCGAGUCUGGACGGUUUCUUAGUAUGAUGCAGGCACAGGAUUUCUUUAAAUCCAAGCUAGACCCAGGCAUGGUGUCGGAGUGCAUAAAGUCCAUUUCAAGUUUGAACAGUACACAACUUGCUGCAACUCGCGCGAAGAGCCUCCUACGACUGCUCGAUCAAGCCUGGUGUUCAUCGUUUGCUAGCUGUCUUGUUUCCCAUGAUAAGUGGUUGCCGACCGAUGGCGGAAGCCUUUGUUGUCGUACCCGGUGUCGGGACAGAGAUUCGGAUGUGUACCUAUUCGACAUGGUCUUGUCCGUCAUGGAAGUCAACAUUGCUCACCCGGACAUUCGAUCAGCGCUAGGCUGGUCCAACGCUCUUCCCUUUGAUGUGAUACAUUCACAGUUGUCGUCCACUCUGGGUGCGGAGACAAUUGCGUGUCGCGGGGAAAGACUAGCUGGUCUCAUAAGCUAUAUGGCCGAUCAGUGGAAGAAGGGUGUGAUGACUAACGAGGACAUCGCAGUGUUGAAGGACAUUGUUUUGGAUUGUCCAUGGAUUCCGUUGUCGUCAGAUCAUUUGCUCUUGACACGGCAGGCGCUGUUGGCACGGGAUGCAAGAAUCGGCGCAUCGUUCCGUAGCUUGCCUCGGAAUCUCGCAACUGGCACUUGUGGCGAAUUUCUACGUCACAUGGGCUGUGUGGAUCGUCCAUCGCUGGAGAGCCUCCUCGUCGAGCUCGCUCCUUCAGAAACUAAACAGACUAUCCACAAUAUUAUUGAGCUAUUGGAAGAGAUCUCGUGUCACACGAAGCAUGGGGCCCAAGUUGAUACUACAAACUGCAUUCUUGUCCCGGAUCACCUUGGACAUCUCCGUCCGUACCAUGACGUGUACUAUGAUGACCUGAAGUGCGGCCAAAGCUUUGUGCCUGAGCAUGGCUUUCCGACUCAUCCAAGUGUCUCAAGAUUGCUAGCAGUUGAUCUAUGCCUGCGAUUUCUGAGUGGCUUACAGCUUGGAGAGGACGAAGAUGAGGAUGAGGAUGACGUCGAAAUGAGGGAGGAACUGAGAACCCGCAUCAGCAGCGUCCUGCAUGAUUACGACAUCAAGUACUCAUUCAACGAGAUAAUGGCCAACGCAUCUGAUGCAGGCGCAUCUUCUGUGUCGGUUCUAUUGGACGAACGAUCGUUCGAUUCUAAUUCAAUCUUGACUCUAGACAUGGCGCGAUUCCAGCGAGCUCCAUCAAUCGUCUUGCAUAACGACGGUACUUUUUCCCAAGAAGACUUCGAUGGUUUUCGCUCCAUCGGGAUCGGAGGGAAGAGCGAAAAUCCUGACAGUAUCGGUAGGUUCGGCCUUGGAGCACUAGCAAUGUAUCAUUUUUCGGAGGUUGUGAUGGUUGUAUCCGGACAGUAUCUUAUGAUUCUGGACCCAAGUGCGCGCUAUCUCCCUCUUCGCAAGGGAAGAAGAAGGACUUGCGUCUUCCGGCCGCUCUCACAGAUUGCCAAGUAA